UGCUAUUCUAUUUCUACCAUUUCGAUAAAUUUUCAAACUUCCAUUGUCGCCUUUUCCCAAUCCCUCUCCCUCCUUAUAUAUAUUCCGGGCAGAAGCCGGAGUUCCUUGCCGGAGGUUUUACUUUAUUCCCAAUCCAUUUUCUUUAAUUUUAUACAAUAAUUGAAGAAGAAGAGGAUUCAAAACAGAGCUAUUCCAAUUCUUCUUUCUGGGUUUUUGCCCCCACCCCUGUUAUUUCCUGUUCCAAGGUUUUGAAUCCGGGGUUUUCAGAUUUGUCCAAGGUGCCUACGUUUGUGUGGUUUAAAUACUCCAGCUGAAAUUUGUGUUCCGGUUGCUCCUUCACCGUUUUUUUAUCCGACCCUUCUCUAUAAUAUGGAGAGGUUGUCGGUGGUGGCUUCAGCUGCUUCACUGCCGGAGAGGACGACGAUUGCAGCAGCGCCAUGUGGGUUUGUGAGCUGGUAUGAGGUGUUUGUCUCGAGUGACAGAGGGAGAAGAGAGGUUCAUUAUUACUUGAAGCGCGGCGAUGGGGCCUCAGAUCUGGCCGUUGUGGGGAAAGAGAAGAGCUUGAGGCAUAUGUCUUAUCACUAUGCUUUGCAGAAUCGUUUCCUUAAUUCUUUGGGGCUGUUUUCAUCGCUCACGAAGCUCAAGUCUCGCAGAGAGGUCGUUGAAUGGCUAAGCUCUGUUGUUUCUGAUUCCCAACGUAAAACAUCACAACCAUCAUCUGAUCGUAUGGAAAUAGAAGGUGAAGAUGCUUGCCCAUCGAACACUGGACCUCAGAAGGAUGUUCAACAGAUAAAACUGGGUCAAUACACCAGAGAUUUUUCAUGGCUUGGAUGCCCUUGGACUUGUAAGCGAAAGCGAAGACACUAUCCAUCAUUCAGUCGCAAUGGUGUUAAGAUCUCGGUUCAUGACUUUGUAUAUGUCUUAGCCGAGGAAGGCAAGCGUCUUGUUGCAUACUUGGAGGAUAUGUAUGAGGACUCUAGAAGCAACAGGAUGGUUGUGGUACGAUGGUUUCACAAAAUUGAUGAGGUUGAUAUUGUUUUGCCCCGCAAUUUUAAUGACAGAGAGAUUUUCUUUUCUCUUUGUCUUCAAGAUCUCAGUAUUGAAUGCAUAGAUGGCUUGGCGACUGUUCUCAGUCCCCACCAUUUUCAGAAGUUUCAGAAUGAGGCUAAACAUACUAGACUGGAGCCAUAUGUAUGUGAGAAGCAAUUUGAUAAUGAUAAUAUCAAACCUUUUGAUAUCACACAGGUCAAAGGCUAUUGGAAGCAAGAAAUACUCAGAUAUAUGUAUGAUCUUUCUUCUUCAAAAGCCCACUCCCACUCUCAGCAGUCAGAAGAUGACACAAGUGCUGAGAUGAGACCUAGAAAGAGACUUAGACGCUCAAGAAAUGAUGACUUGCAAAAUGCUGAGAAGAGACAGCCAGGAAACACGACGACUCCUCUUGAUGUGCGCAGUUCAGGCAACAACAUUGUUGAUUUAAAAAGCAGUGAUGUUGUUUUCAGUCCCAAAAGGGGUUGUGCUUCUAAAACUUUUAUAGGCAAGGAGAUGAACAAUUCUUCUUCAAAUCAAUUUGAUGUAGCAUCGGAGAUUGAAGUUCUCUCACAGGACAGUGGUAUUAGAGGGUGUUGGUUCAGAGCUUCAAUAAUCAAGAAGCGUGGAGACAAGGUCAAGGUGCAAUAUCACGAUCUUCAGGAUGCUGAUGAUGAAUCUAGCAAGCUCGUGGAAUGGCUUUCAGCAUCAAGAGUUGCGGCCGCUGAUCAAUUGGGUCUACGCAUCAAUGGAAGAUUGGUUAUCCGUCCACAGCCCAGUAAGGGCAGCAAAGCUGCCUUGGUUUACAAUGUUGGGACAGUUGUUGAUGUAUGGUGGCAUGAUGGUUGGUGGGAAGGAAUUAUAGUUCGGAAGGAUUCUGGAGACAAGUUGCGAGUUUACUUGCCAGGUGAAAAGCAAGAAUUGAUACUUGGCUCUGACGAUUUGAGACAUUCCCAAGAAUGGUUAGGAAACCGGUGGAUGCAUAUGGAAGAAAGGCCAGAUAUUGCAACCUCCAUUAUGUCCCGCAUUGCAAAUGAUGGCCUUCCUAAUAAGGUAUCAACUAUGUUGAGCCAAGUUGCUAUUUGUGACCGCAAACAACCAGGGGAAGAUCGAAGUCAAUUAAGUGAACCUCGACCAAACUCCGUCAGUGAUAAGGCUAAAGAAUCAUGCACAGUUCCAGAUCUCUCCAAAGAUGGUUUGCUCACCAAAUUGCGGUGGACAGGUUCAAAGAAAAGAAGCCAACCCAGUAGCAGCAGUUUGUUACCGAGUAAAUCCUCUCCUUCCCCUUUAGCUUCUUCCAGUCCUUGUGAAAGUUUUAUGAUUCCAAGCUCUAUGAAAAUGGAUCAUGAUAACUGCAAGUACCUGGGGGAUUCUCUUUUCACUUCAUCAGUUGUGCCUCCUCUCUCAAGCUUGGUAAUGUCAAGAUGAUUUGAUUUUGAUAGGAACUGUCAUGGGAUUGUGCCUUUUUUGAUCUUUCCUUUGUUAACAAGUUCAAUUUAUUCUAGUUUUAUAUAGAGUGGUGCAUCUAUUUGAUGCUUUCUUCUGUAUUUUACUUUUACUUUUUUUUUUUUUGGGCUAACCUCUGCUAAUGUUAACCUUAGGGAGUCGAGUCUCGUGUCCAAUCUCUUAUCUGAAUGCUAUUUUGUAUAUGAAAAGAUAACCUAAUGGCAUUACAAAGCACUGCCUUCCA